AUGGGGUACUAUAUCGCGGCCUCAAAUGACGCGACGGCGUCGGGCCCAACUUACCCCACGACUGCGACCUACAACUACGAGCGCUACGUGUUCGACGCGACCACGCCGCCAAAUCUUGGCACUACUGUAAUCCUCUUCCCUCGCCCAUCGUUUUCUUGGCAGGCCGCAAGUACGAACUCUGAAUCGGAUUGUUGCCGCGCCUGCGCCGCGAAAGUCGGCUGCCAGUACUGGCGACUGAGCAAGCUGACUACCCCGGGCACUUGCACCCUGCUGGGAUCGCUGACGGGACUCACCACAACCAACUGGGUGAAGCAGGUGGAUCCCACGUACAUUGGCGGCAUAUGCAACCCCCUCGCCAACACCAACGGCGACCCGCAUUUCCGCGGCGCGGAUGGCACGCGCUUCGAUUUCAACGGCCUGCUCGACCGCUCCUUCUGCCUGCUCUCCGACCGUCGAAUCCACAUCAACAUGGGGAUCAAGGGCUACCGUCCAAUCGGCAACCUCCCAGGCACUGCCACGUCGUUGGAUGAAAACACGCUCGCCGCGGCGGUGGAAGCAGCAGCGAAUGAGUUUAAGCCACGUCACAUUCAGGAGUUGCAGGAGGAAGCAUUAAGUGCUGCGGAAGUGGCGGGACUGCUGCAGAUGCGCGCCAAUGGGAGCUUGCCCGAGUCGGAAAAGGUGGAAGCUGCGCUCGAGCGGGAGGUGGGGAGGCUCCGCGGCGGAAUCGGCGCGGCGGGAGACGUGGAGGUCAGGCUUGGAGCGGCUCAGGCUGAGUCUGCGGCGGGUCAAGGUUCGGAGGAGAGGCAUUCGAUCCAGUAUGCGCGGCACGAGCUUGAAACGAGGCUGCUUGAAGGGAAGCCAAUCCGCAGCUGGAUCAGGGAGCUUCAAGUGAUGUGGCGCGAUGCCACAGGAGCGCAGCAUUCGGCAUUCCUCAAGGCGCGGGAUGGCAAGGAGCAGGGCCGAGGCGCCUCCGGAUUCAUCAAUCGGUUGGUGAUCGACGGCCAAGAAGUGGCCCCUCCUUUUUACCCUGGGAGUUCAAUCUCCGCAAACGGAGGCUUUAAGCUGCUGCUGGCGGAAACCAGGAGCCGGCCCGGGAGGAUAGAAGACGAGUUCCACCUGAAAAUAGAGGGCGUGAUGGAUCUGGGGUUGACUGCGCGGGUGGCCCAUCCGCUCAUGCAGACUGCGACUGAGGCUCAGGCGCAUUUCAACGUGCACGUCGUGCAACUCAAUCACACGGAGGGCAUUCACGGGGUGUUGGGGCAGACCUUCCGCAGUGAGGCAUCCCGCUCGGUGAGAUCGCUGCGGCACCGCCUGCUCACUCGCCUGCUAAGGGAGCCAGUGGACGUGGAGAGCAGUGAGGGGGGCGACGGGCUGUUGGAUGGGAUCGUGCAGGACUAUCUCACCUCGGGAAUUGCCGCCACGGAUUGCGUGUUCUCUGCCGCGUGGAGGAGGGGAGAUCCGGAUAUCUGGAUGGGCGACGAUGGGCUUGAUUUCAUGCGAUAA